AUGAGCUACGAGCGUCCGUCCUCCGUCCGACCCCGUGGCGAGAGUCCCACGCUAUCAGACGAGACGCUUGAGCGCAACCGCGAGCGUUCCAAGCAGUACUACGCCAUGCACCGUGACAAGGUGCUCGCCAAACUCAAGUCGAAAUAUGCGCAGAAGCGCGAGGCCGAGACGAAAGCCUACUACGAAAAGCACCGGUGCUUUUUCGAGAGCUAUUUUAAAGUCGAUGUGCCGACUACGACACGUGAGCUCCCGUCGACCAGAGGCAACGAAAGUACUACAGCGUUAUCGACGCAAGAGAGAACGACGGCCGCGGGACCUCUGGAUUUGUCCUUCAUUCUCAAUUAA